AUGUAUGUCUUGAAACUGUUGCAAGCGGUCCUCGUGCCUCUGAGCGCAGUCGGUGCUGUUGCCCAGAAUGACGGCUCCUAUACACUCCGAGAGGUUGGCGCUAGGAACACAGUUGACUGGAGAGUAUGGCUGCAGAAGGAUGGAUAUCCCGUCUCGCCUUGGCACGAUGUGCCUUUGUACCCGGAUAACAAGCCUGGGCCGGUCAUCAACUUUGUAGUUGAGAUUCCCCGAUGGACCGACGGCAAGAUUGAAACGCAGCGCAACGAGCCUCUGAACCCUCUCUUCCACGACACCUCAAAGAACAAGCCCCGGUUUGUGGCUAGUUUCUGGCCGCACAAGACGUAUCCCUUCUUGUAUGGGUCGAUUCCACAGACGUGGGAGAACAAGAAUGUCAAGGACAACUAUACCGGCCUUGUGGGAGACAAUGACCCGGUCGAUUUAUUUGACGUCAGCUCCAUUUCGCCAGGAUACACGGGCGAGGUCAAGCAGGUCAAAGUUCUGGGAGGUCUUGCCAUGAUUGACUAUUACAAAGUCGCUCGUGGCAAGGGCCUCAACCCCAUCAUCGGCAACGAAUACGUCAAUGCUCGCACCAUGAAUGCCAAACUCGCCGAAAGUCACCAGCAUUGGAGUGAUCUUGUUCUCGGCAAGGAGGACCGCGGCAAGAUCAGCAUUUGGCAGACUACCAAUCCUCGUGCUUGCAAGACCUAUGUCAAGCCCGAGGAUGCGACCAAGAAGUUUGAGAUUCCGGAAAAGUCCAACAUCUUGCCGCCAGCAGCUAGACCGGCGCCGUAUGACAGGUGGUAUUACGUUGAUGAGAAGUUUACUUUGAUUACGGUGCCGGGGGAUGUCAUUGAAGUUGAUUAA